AUGAAUCCCCCCGAACCACCUAAGAGGUCUGAUACGGAAUUCCUUACUGAAAGCGUUGAUACGGACUCUGAUUCAGACUACGAUGACCGGACGACCUCAGAAAUCAAGCGUUUGCAUCAGAGAAUCCAGCUCCUGGAGACAGAACUUGAGCAAAAACGGUCCAAAGCAGUACGACCGCAGCCUUCGAGAUACCAGAAGCUAUAUCGUCUACACGACGAUGUUCGCUCGAAUGUCCAAUAUUAUUCCAGUGAUGAUGAUACCGACAGUGGCAGCGACAGCAAUACCAAUUAUCGAAAUGGACGACGCAAAAAUCGGAACUUUUGGCGAAGCCCACCAGGGUGGAAUUCGAAUAUCUUCAUGGACCUGCCAGUGGCGAUGUACGACGAAUAUGGAGGAGCAUCGUUGCAAUGUACCCAUCGAGUGGAAAAUUUGGAAGUUUUCCUGGCAUCAAAUCCGGACAUAUCCUUUGUCAUCUUUUAUGACUACAAUUACGACCUGGAACAGAGUUCCAGCGAACCAGACCUAAACACGAGAAAGGAUUGUGACCCAACUCCACGUGCUAGAAGCAUCUAUCCAGUGUCGAGGGAGUUGAAGAAAGCCCUGCGGAUACUAAGCAAGAAACCAGGGUACCAAGACAUCUUACAGGAAUAUUGGGAAGGUGGAAGUGAGCUUUCUGUGCUUUCCUUAUUCAUCUACCAUACCCGGCAUGAAAUGUCCAAGAUCAAGGAAGAUCUUCCAAGUACAACUCGAACUCAAUUCGAUAUUCUUCUAGAGUUCAUGAUUAAGGAGUUUGGCGAUGAGUACGACACGGUUGAUUCUCUCCUACAACGCAAAGAAAUUCUACCCCAGUACGUUCAGUACCUUAUCAAGCCCGGUGAUAUCGUGGUUGAGAACAAGAACGGCGAGUACACAGGGUAUAGGGCUCAAUCAUGGCCAUUAGAAAUUAGACGACGCCCAUCCAAAAAGUUGGAGGAGCAUAUAUAUGGCAUAUCAGAAAACGAGGACGAGUCGCACCACUUACCUAAUGUUACUCGUAAGUUGACUUUGGCAUGCUUCACAUGGAAAUUCGACGGUUAUUUUUAUGGGGUUUACGAGCAAUUGAAAUUCGAGAUACCUCCAAAUGCCUCUUCUUCAUCGGAAGAUACUCACCUGCAAGAAGCGAGAGGAGGGGAUACCCAAGUGGCUCAGUUGAAAGGCCAAUCGAUUGCAACGCUGAGAGUGUUCCCACUUUGCUACGCGCCAGAUCACAUACGGAAAAUGCUUUACCAUAGGACUGAUAUAUUAUGGAAAUGUCGUGUGCAGCGACUGGUCUCCUAUAAGACUGAUGAACCAGACCCAACUGGUAACGGGAUGGAAGAACAUUACAUGGUUGACAUGAAGACAUAUUACAGAACUGAGCCCGGGAACAAAUCACUUGGCCAUCUGUACCCGUACCAGCCGAGGAUAAAAUAUCGACAUAAUAAGGUCGACAUGGCCCGGGACGACCCUCCUGAAGACGAAUUAAAGGCAUUAAUGCCUCCAAGGGUGAAGGGAUAUAAUUUCUUGAGAAAGAAAUGGGACGACCUCAAAGUCGACCACAUCUCAAUUUCAGAUGUGCGUUGGAGAGGAGAGGCAUCUCAGAGUCUGGAAUUAAACAACGAGGCAAGAAGUCUCCUUGGAAUGCUAGUCGUCAAUCAUUCGAAGACCGCAAAAUCAAAUGAGCCCAGGGUUGGGAAAGGUAAAAGCCUCGUUGUUUUGCUUCACGGUGGUCCAGGAACAGGAAAGACCCACACAGCGGAAAGCAUUUCCGAACUGGCAGAGAAGCCGCUUUACAGGGUGACCUGUAGCGAGCUGGGGACAAAAGCUGAAGCAGUAGAGAAAAACCUAGAGUCUACCCUUCGUCUGGGACAUCUCUGGGAUUGCGUGAUGCUCCUAGAAGAGGCGGAUAUCUUCUUGGAACAAAGAGGCCUUCAUGACUUGGAGCGCAAUGCAUUGGUGUCCGUCUUCAUACGAAUGGUGGAAUCCUACGACGGUAUAGUGAUUCUAGAAUGCAGUCACCUCAGCACAUUGAACGACGCAUCCCGGUCUCGAAUUCAAUUUGCGCUUUACUAUCCUCCCUUGGACCCGUAUCUAAGGUCAUCGAUCUGGUGGAGGUUUUUAGAACGGCUAAAUCGUUCGAAUGCGGACUCCAUGAUCUCGAAUACUUGGGAAAUAGCAGAGAGCUUGAAACAUGAGAGAUUGAAUGGGAAGCAAAUUAGGAACAUUAUCACUAUUACUCAUCGAAUUAUGACAUGGAAGAAUGAGCCCCUCACUUCUGAGCAUAUCAAGGACGUGAUUAGGGUGUGCGGACAUUCUGAUACUUGCCUUGGUAAACUUCAUGGUGGUUAUACAGAGAAUGAGCCAGAGUAUGAUGAGUGGUUGAGUUGA